GUGACCGUCGGCAGCAGCGCGGCGUGCGAGGACGCGGUGAGCUUGUACCCGGGUCUGUUCCGAUGUCAGAAACUGGCUCAACCCGAUGAGAUUUGAAGCAGCAUGACAAACAAGUGAUUGUCAAGUUCCCAGACAGUGGAUGCGCGCUCCGGACCCACGCGGGAGAAGGCAGGAUGAACUGAGACAUUACGCGCAAAGAGGGUGCCACGGGCAGGCGCGAAGGUUUGACCUCUGCGGGGAUCAUUUCUGUGAUCAGUCAUUUGGCGAGGAUACAUCAAUGAAGAAUGUGACUGCGCCGGAUUCUCUCCGAACGGGCUGGAUGAAGCCCUCGGCGGUGACAUGCGUCUUGCCCCGCAGCCAAGCGCGCAACCCCUGCGGCUCCUAGUUCUGCUCCUCCUCGCCACGGGGGUGAUCGCAUCCCCGGUGAUCUCCGCCGGCUGCCCGGACAGGUGCGUGUGUGACGACCAGCUGGUGGUUCAGUGCGCCGGGCAACAUCUGACCACCUUCCCGGUCAACUUGCCGCUGGCCACGCGGCAGCUCAUCAUCUCCAACAACCGCAUCGUGGAGCUGCCGCCGCUGUCGCUCAACUACCUCUCGGACCUGGUGUACCUGGACUGCAGCAACAACUCCCUGACCGAGAUCUCAGAGUCCACGUUCGGGAACCUACGCAAGCUGGCCUACCUGGACCUCUCCUUUAACACCCUGACCCGGAUCGAGGACCGGACCUUCGGGCCCUUGGCGAGUCUGGUGAUGCUGAGGAUGACGGACAACCCGGGGCUCUCGGAGAUCCACCCGGACACCUUUUCGGAGAACGCAGUGCUGCAGGUUCUGGACGUGAGCAGGAACAAUCUGACGGUGCUCAACAUCACCUCCCUGAUCGCUCUGCCCUCCCUGCGCUCCGUGGGACUCAGCGGGAACCCGUGGAGCUGCGAGUGCGACAACGAGGACCUGUGUCUGUGGGUCCACCUGGAGGGCUUCAAGUUCCAAGAUGAGGGCCAGAGCGUGUGCGGCUCACCUGCCGACAUGCAGGGCCGUCGACUGGGUGACGUGGGCAUCCAGCUGCGGACGUUAUGUCACCAGACUCUGGGCUCCUGGGACUACAUUUUCUUUAUCGCCAUCGGCUUCGUCAUCUUUGCUGCCGGCACCGUGUCGGCCUGGGUGAUGGGCGUCAUAAUGGUGCUCUACGAGCGCUACAUCAAGAAAAAAGAUGAGCGGCUCGAAGUGGACGAUGACGAGGAGGAGGAGGAAGAAGAAACCAAUGAGACGGGCCACACCUCGCGGGCCAGGAGUGACCAUGGCAACGGGAAUUUAAAAACCUUGCACAAUGUUUAAAAGAUGACGCCAUGGAAACCCACAGUGCCUCCUGUCAACUUCCAGGACAGUCUGUGAAGUCCAAUUAAAGCCCAGAGUCUGUUUAACAGGCUCCGCUCUGAGAGAGAGAGAGAGGACUCGACAGAUAGAGGGAAUGUCAUUCUGCUCAUCUGUAGUGGGCUUUCAGGUGAUGUAACACACUCUGGCUGCCAUAAUGGAGGUCUGUGAAACAUUUGAGUGGGAAGUGGUCAUCCCUGCAGAAAGAAACCAGUAAAGGUGGUUAUCAAUGUUCUGAAAUAACAGGAUGGUUUAACAUGAGAUAUUUUGAAAAAAAAUGCUCAUUUUGGUGGUCUCAUCUCCCACCGUAAGAAAAUAUUUUGACAUUUGCAAACUUAGUUUUCUUGUCAAGAGUACAAUAACAAGACAAAAACUAGACAAAAAAAUAUUGAUCAAUACAAUUUUAUUUGUAGAGCACAUAUUCACAAAUCACAAUUUGCCUCAAAGGAGCAACAUCCUCUGAUCCCUCAUCAAGAGGUUUCUACAAUGUAGAAAAUGUAGAAACCCAGAGAGAGUCACAUGUGAGGGAUCCCUCUCCCAGGACAGAGUGAAGCGCAGUAGAGGAGGAAAGAGAAGCAUGUGACAUGUCCCCAGACAAUCUAGGCAGAUAGCAACAGAAUUAAGAUCGAGAUCAAUCUGUCGAGACAAAAAACAUGAAGCGGCAACUGUCACUCAGCUUACACUGGAAAAUAAAACAGUUUACCAACUUAAAAACUGAAAUGAAUCAUUUAUGCUGUAAUUUGUUAAUUCAAAUUUGUACCAACUUUAUUAAUUUGUGUGUCACCAGUUGAAGUAAUUUCUUAUACGCUGGUCCAACAGUCUGUUUUUCAGUGUAAUGUAAAGUGUGGAAAAUAGGCAGGAACAACCAGCCUGGCUCUGGGCUGAGGUAACACAAUCCUCCUGCCAGCUGUUUCUCCACAUUUCCAGCUUCUGCGUGACACCAUGUAAAGUUCACUAGCGGAAGCUUAACAGACAAAUAUGAGACUGGUGUCAUUCUCCUCGUCUGACGCUUUGCAGGAAGAAAUAAAUAGGAGCAGUUUCCAAAAUGUCAAACUUUUUUCUUUAACCGCCAUGUGGGUCCAGCCAAGAGCAGCACAGGAACAGCAGGGCUCAGACCACCACCCACAUAGACUGGUGUGAACUGUGUGUUUUUCCAAAAGAUUUUGCCAAAAGGAAAAGAUCUAAUUACUCUGCACAAGAAACCAUUGUUACUUUAAGUGACCAUUGGGCCCUUUCCUAAAAUUAUAGGUCAGGAAAGACUGGAGUUAGCUAUUUCCCUCCAUAUAUGUAAGGCCUAUGUGGAAAAUUCGGUGUUAUCCAAUUUCAUAAAUAUUUUGAUCUAAAAAUAUUACAAAUUGUAUGCUAAUUAAUCAAAAUCAAGUGUAUUUCUUGAGCCCACUUAUGAACAAUGUUUUCACACAAAAGGGUUCAACCCCAGACCUCCAUGAUGGCACCAAGCAUGGUAAGAGAAUUGUGACGCAGCUUCACAACAUCUUUGUUAACCUUAAAGUGUUGUUGUUAUACUACUCAUUUGUAUGAAGGUGUGGGUUAAAUGCAUUAAUAUAAUCCAUUUACGUCCCUGUAGAUGAGCCGAAGUCAGAGUGUGUGGCUGAGCUUUUGCCGACACCAGUGGGACAAUCUGUGCUCCGACAUGUGUGUGCGGUUUUGUGGUGACGGUUCAACCUCCCCUCAGUUACUCUCUCACGAAACUGCAGUCCAGGUGUACGUGCUGAGGGACCACAGUAUUUACCAAGUGGAGAGCCAACUCGUGCCAUCUGCUGAGGUCUGCUAUAGCAGCGGGCUCCAUGCUGGAUGGCAAGUUAUCGGGACUGUGCGAUGAUUGAUUUAGGCCUCUCCUGUCUCUGUGCUGGGUUGCUAGUUUGAGUGCAGUGCCCCGUCCGUCUGUGUCUGCAUGCACUGUUGAUGCACCGAAAAGCCUUAUGAGAUGUGUAUAAACUGUGAGACCGACCCGUUCAUGUAAGUAGAUAAAGAAAAGGAAUAUAUGGCAAUAUACAAAAGAUCUAUAAAUGUAUCAUUUUUGUAUUUUUGGAACAAAUAUGAAAAAUGUUCAGUAAAUCCCGGUUUUAUUCAUUCGUUCAUUUGAUUUACAAAGAUUUACAGCAAUAAGACAGUUCAGGAAGGAAUUUGUUCGUUGAAUAGCUCAAAUAACCAAAUUUCACACACACACACACACUCCUCAAAAUCUCUGCAUUAUAUCUUGAGAAAUUAACCGAAGUGGAAAAUCCAGUUUUGUUUAAUCGUCCUAAAGACAGUGAUGAAAACAUAACCCUCUUGGUGGAGGUGAAUAUCAUUCAGCUGUGAUAUCAGCCCCUGCUGUGUGUGUGAGUUUUUUUUGUUUUUGUUCGGAUGUACCACUUCACUGACCAUGACACUGACUGUUAUGAACUGAAAAUGUUUUCAGGAAAGAAACAAAACUAUUGUUGGAUAAGGGAAGUCCAAAGGUGGCUACACUUAAAUGCUAUCGCGUGUGUGUCUGUGCGCAUGUCUGUGCGCAAUUGGUUGUGUAUAGGGUACAGAAUAAUUUACUUGAUUUGAGAACACAGAAGAACCUUUUGGGGACCUGAGAACGAGGGCAUUCUCUUAAAAUGUUGUGCCAGCAGUUUUUCCCCUCCUUUUGUGCUGUGCAUAUUUGACUUGACACAAGUUUUACUUUGAAACUGUUUGCAUUGUAAAGCUUGGAUGUAUGUUUGUCCCAGUUAUUUUUGAAACUGUGCCCGACAAGGAGAACGGACCUGUUCCACCGAGGACAUUUGGACAAGUUGCAGUUAGACAAGCACAGGUGUAAAUAAUGGAUUUGAGUGUGUCUGAGAUCCAUGUACCUGCUUCACUUUCAGAGUCCCAGUGUUGUGCAUGCAUGGGACACACAAAGACUGGAGGCAUUAAUCACUUCUUUUUGUAAAACAUGUGCAGGCAACAAGAAGCUCUUAUACUGGUAUUAUGUGACUUUUACCUAUUAAACUUUUGGACUGUAGUUAA